AUGGCAGAGACAAACGAGGCAGCGGAGCCUCCACGGGCUGACCCUGAGCCACCUUCUCCAGCCGGCAACGAGGCUGAGGCUCAGGAGCCCUCCUCGGCAGCUGGAGCUGCUCCGGAGACGGCGGGAGCCGAGGCAUCGCAGGCAUCGGCUUCGCAAGUGGAUCCGGUCGCAGAAAGUGCCCCUGGUGAGCCAGCGGCGCCGGCAGAAUCUGCGCAGGCAGAUGGGCCUUCUGCGGCCGAGGAAGGGAAGGCAGAGAACGCAGAGGUGGUUCAGCAAGCCCUUGCCGAACACGCAGAUGCCAAUGAGGCCGACAACCGCGCAACGGUUUCCGAAGCGCUAGCGGAGCACGCCUCUCCGCCAGAGGAGUCGCCAGCAGAAAGCUCAGCGGGUGCGGAGCCUCCAAAGCCGCAAGAAGCGGCUGAGCCGCCUGCCGAUCUCGCGGCUCAGCAAACUCCGGCGGAGGAGCCACGCUCUGCAGAGCAGGACACCGCCAUUGAGCAGGCGCUUGCAGAACAUGUUGAUGCUGUAGCCGCCGACCAUGAUGAGGCGAUCUCGCAGGCACUAGCUGAGCACGCGCAAAGUGCAAGCCAAGACAACGAGACGUUGCCCGGAGCUGGGCAGCAGCCAACUAAUGAUGCUGCAGCAGACGGUCCACCUGAUGCACCACCGGACGUUCCGCAUCGCGACCCAGCGCAUGCUGACGAAGCUGAUGCAGAGGACAGUGCUGCAAAGCUCCUGAAAGAUGUCCGAGAUGAUAUGGGAGAGCCAUCGCAGGAUCAGCACGACAUGCAUCAUGACCAGUCUUUCGAUUCUUUCCAAAGCGCCUCCCCAAAAACGAUGAACCGGAGCAUCCGAAGUUCGCCUGGCUUCACUUCGCACUCAUCGGAGGAUCUGAAGAGCAAGCUGCAGUUCUCCAGUAUGACAACAGAUGGCGUGAAAAAGGGGCCCACCUUCAUGCACACUGUCUCAACUUACAAGACAGGACAGAGGUGGUCCUUCGGCCAGAAGGGGCCGAGCACGUUUAUCGCCAGCAGCAGUACUCCGGCACCGGGAUCCUACAACAUGCAAACCGGGCAUGGUGGAGGCCGGUACAAGUCGCUGCCAAAGUUCAGCUUUGGUGGUGCAACACGCUUUGCUGUUGGCGAAGUGCCUACCAAGAAGCAGCCAGGACCCGGAGCGUACAACCCGAGAGAUCCUCUCCUAACAGCCGGCCCCAAGGUUAGCUUUGCCGGUGCCAAUGCUGGUCGUGGCCCUCCUCUGCCUGAGAACGCUCCUGGACCCGGUGCCUACGAGCAGCGGAGCACUCUGGGAAAGUCGAAGAUGUUCACUGCCAGAGGGCGCCAAGCAAGCUCGUACAUGAGAAGCAGAUCGCAGCCAGGUCCUGGAGCCUACGAUCCCAAGUUGGGUGCUGUGCUCAUGGGGAUUCCCAAGUGUGGCUUCGGCACUUCGAUACGGAAUGAUAUCACGGGGGCUGCAAGAAGCCUGAUGCUGCCUGGACCUGGAGCGUACGACAUGCAAAGCGCGAUGUCGGUCGGCAAGAACGGGCCGAAGUACUCUGCAGCCUCCAGACGCCGGGUCCACGACCUGGACAGCUAUGUCACGCCUGGCCCUGGAACGUACAAUGCACACACGACAUCUUUCGUGUAUUGA